CACUUUGUUCAUCCUUGUUCUACUUCCGUCCGGUCAACCGGCCGAACAUGGCAUCGCUUCCUGCUCCGCGUGCGGCUCCGCGUGUCGCUCCCCGUGUCCUGAGCGUGCAAUCGCACGUGGUUCAUGGCUAUGUGGGCAACCGUGCAGCAGUGUUCCCUUUGCAGUUACUGGGCUUUGAAGUUGACGUGAUCAACUCGGUGCAAUUUAGCUGUCACACAGGAUAUCCCAAAUUGGCAGGUCAAAGGGUCUCUGGAGAUGAACUAAGAGAGGUGGUAGAGGGCUUGUCUUACAACGAGGCUUUGGAUCACUCCUUUCUACUCACAGGCUAUAUUGGAGCAGUCUCUUUCUUGAAGGAAGUCUUGUAUCUUCGUCAGAAGUUGCCUGAGACUUGCUGCUAUGUUUGUGAUCCUGUACUAGGUGACAAUGGUCACUUGUAUGUACCUGAAGAGCUUGUGGCGGUCUACCGCACCGAUGUUUUGCAGCACGUGGCAAUACUUACACCGAAUCAGUUUGAGGCUGAGUUGCUGACAGAAAAGAAGAUUACCAACAUCCAAGAGGCGGUGCAAGCUUGCAAUCUGCUUCACUCAAAAGGCCCCAAAGUUGUGGUGCUUACCACCUUGGACGUGCCAGAUGCCACCAAAGGUGACAAUGUUGCGAUGCUUUUAUCAUGUGCCGGACAAAGGAAGUGGCUUCUCCGCGUACCUCAUAUCGGAGGUGGGCCAUUUACCGGCACCGGAGACCUAACAGCUGCGAUGAUUCUGGCCUGGACUCAUAUGAUGCCAGACGAGUUGCCCUUAGCCCUUGAAAAAGCUGCUGCUGUGCUGCAAGGCGUGCUUCGGAACACGGUGGCAAGCUCGAGCGCCCGCAUCAUCGCAGGCAAACGAGUUUCUCCAGAGCUGCGGCUCGUUGAGUCUAAAGCAGCCAUUGAGUCGCCCAGAGUCUUGCACCGCUGCGAGUUGGUGGAGCCUGUGAGCAUCAAAGGCGUUCUCUUUCAUGAGAUAGGGGAUGCUGAGAAACUUGUGAAUUGUUUAAAGAACUCUGGCCUAAAAGCGGCCACGGUUUCAGAACCUUUGAUGGAGCAUUUGAAACUUUGGGGACUUGAGGCUGAAGCUUCGAAUGUCUUGCUUGUCACAUCGUCCUUGACCUUCCUCCGUACUGCAUCGGGAUUCAAGACUGUGACCCUGCUCCAGAACAGUCUGAAUGGGGGUUAUAGCAAUGGAACCAAUGGCAACGGCGACAUGUGCACUGAUGCCUCUACGAUGGCAAGAGAGGCAGACUUCACCAUCAGUUGCCUGGAUUCUUUGCGAAGAAUUCUGCCCAUGGCUUCUUGCAGCCCAUAGUGCCGAAAGAUCGAAUAAACUAAGUCCUAGUAGCGUCCUUGUUACUACUAGUAAGGCACUUGUUACUAGAAGCGAUGCACUUGUUCCUAGUAGCGUCCUUGUUACUACGUGAAUAGGUUGGUCGGUUUCGACUUUACAAUUCAACUCGCAACCGCCUUUUGUUUCCUUGGGCGUCCAACAUGCCCGAGUAAGUACAGAGACGGGCGACGGGGAUGCAACCACCCUGUGCUGGUAUUCCCUACCACGCAGUGUAUCACUUCGUGCAUCUGACAUGUGCCCCGCAAAAGGGUGCUGCC